UCCCACUUACCGCUCAAGUCCAACGGCGACAGCGACUUUGGCCGUCUAUACAUCAUAGAGGAGGAGCUAGCCGCAUAAGGGUGGUUGACGAAUAUGGGUGUUAAGAUAGUAGUUAUGGUGGAUUUAGAUCUGCCCGCCGCUUGCGGGUUAAGGAUGGGAAGUUGGGGGGGGGGGUGGUUUUUGCUUGAUUGGUCGAGUGGAGUGGAGUGGAGUGGGGUGGAGGAGGGGCUAAUGAUGGGUGGGUGGAAAUAUCAUAGGUUUUUCAAGCGUUGCAGACAGCGUAUAUUCGGCUCGUUUGUACUCAGUUUUAUAAGUUUGGUGCUAGCAAGGUUGCAGGGAGGGAUUAUUACCAGUAAUAGGUUUGUGGAGGGGGUUAGGAGGAUUGGCGAA